AUGCUCGCAGCAUGGUGGGUGCAGCAGCUGCUCCGCCGAGCCGCCGACGCAGAGGCGGCACUGGAGUCGCUCCAGGCCGCGCUGCAGCAUGAGAAGGAGAACCGGGCGAUGGAGCGCAAGGGCCGCACCAAUGCUGAGAAGCAGCUGCGGUACGUCAGGAUGCAGCUCGCCGCCGCGCAGGCCAACGCUGCUGAACCUGAGAGCACGGCCGGCGGCGCGCCGGAUGGGGCGUCCUUGCCGGACGUGGCGGCAGCAGCUGGAGACGACCCCGGUGACGGCAAUGACGGCGGCGAGGACGAAGGCGGCGGCCCCAUGGUGUUGGAGAAGCUCGGGGCGGCGGCGAGCAGCGUGGCGGGCGUGAGGGGGCAGCACGCGCCCAUCACCAUGUUCCCGAUGCGCCCGAUCGGCGUCCUGCAGACCUGCUUCUCUACCAGGAACGGCACGCCGCGGCAGCCGCUGCUGGUGCCCGCGGCGCGCGGCGUGCUGCGGCUGGCGCCCUACGUCUCGCCCGACUGCCUGGAGGGGCUGACUCAGUACAGCCACUGCUGGGUGCUGUACCUCUUCCACGCCAACACGAACAUGCCCAGGGUCAUAGCCAGCACCACCUCCGGCAAGGGCCUCGCCGGCCCGGCCCCCACGGCCUUCAAGGCCAAGAUCCGCGUGCCGCGCCUGGACGGCGCGAAGAUGGGCGUCCUCGCGACACGCACCCCCCACAGGCCGGCGCCCAUAGGCCUCAGCGUUGCCAAGAUCCUGGGGGUGGAGGGCGGCACCCUCAUCCUGGGGGGUGCGGACAUCGUGGACGGCUCCCCAGUGCUGGACAUUAAGCCCUACGUGCCCUUCUGCGACUCGGUGCCGGGCGCGUCUGCGCCGCCGUGGGUGAAGGCUGAAGCGGACGACGAGACGCUGCGGCUCAGCUCUGUGGUGGUGCCGCCAGGGGUGGAGACCAUGGUGGGGCGCGUGUGGCGGGCGCAGCGGGGUGGCUCCGUCUACAAGAGCGCGGCUGAGGUGGUGGAGUUGAUAAAGCAGGUGCUCAGCAGAGACAUCCGGUCCUUGAAUCAGCGGCUCAACAUACACCCAGUGGGCAGCAAAGCCGGCCAGCAGCAGCAGCAGCAGCAGCAGGCGGCGGGGACGCCUGCGUUGGCGGCUGCCAGCAGCAGCAGCAGCAACCACCUAGGCAGCGACGCGGGGGCAAUCAGCAGCAGGGCUGCCGGCGAUGGCGACGGCAACGGCGACGGCGAGGCCGCACGUGGCAGGUACAUUGUCGUGUUGGAUGGGAUGGACGUGACAUACGACCUGGAAGCCGACGGGACGGUGGUGCUGCGCGGCGUGUUCCCGCUGGGCGGCGGCGUCGACGGCGGGGAAGAGCUGGCCGCUGCGGCAGGGGCAGAGGCGGAGGAGCGCGCACGGCGGCUCGCGGGCGCCGCGGUGUAA